AUGGCGUCCCGGGGGCCUGAGGGUGCCUUUGGGGGGUGCAGCGGCUCUUCCCCAUCCAGCGGCCAGGGCGCCCGCCCAGUCGGGGCGCCCCCGGAGCCUUCCGGCUCCCGCUCCGGCUCCGGCUCCGGCUCCGGCUCCGGCUCCGGCCUCCCGCGGAACGUGCUCAGCGAGAGGGAGCGCAGGAAGCGGAUCUCCGUGAGCUGCGAGCGCCUUCGGGCCCUGCUGCCCCGGUUUGAUGGCCGGCGGGAGGACAUGGCCUCGGUCCUGGAGAUGGCGGUGCAGUUCCUGCGGCUUGCCGGCACCCUGGUGCCCAGCCAGGAGCCCCACGCUGCCACGGGCUCCUUCCAGCUGUGUGACCGCGGGCGCAGGCGAGGGCGAGGCCCCGUUGGGGGUGGCCGAGGUGCCGGAGGGGCCGCCAGCCCUCCCUGGGCCCUGCAGCCUGCUGUCCCAGCCCUCAGGCCCAAGUCCCUCCAAGGCGCUGAGGCUGCCCCCACCCUGGCCUCCCCGUUUGUGGCAGCCACCCUCCCCCCUGGUGAGCGAAGAGGCUCAGAGCUGCCUGGGCCAGGCUGGGCCCCCAGUGGAGGGGGCCGACCCUGUCGUGACACUGGACACCAGGCCCGUGUUGGGAUGUGACGUGGAAGACGGGACGUCCUACUUGCUGAACGCUGGUCCCGACUGGUGGCUGGG